UCUGGCUCAAUCUCCCACAGAGUGUUUCUACUCUUCAGCUCUUGCUUGCUCUGUUGAAGUUUUGAAUGUUUGAAUUCUCCUAUUUUACAACAAUUCUCCAUCAGCUAUUUCUUCGCCAAUCCCUCGCGGACGACCUCUUCGACACAACCCACCACCACGUCAACGAUCGCUCUGACCUCGUCCGCGGUGAUGUUGUAUGCGGGUGCAAACAUGAUAUGGUCUCCCUGGGUGCCCUCGAUAUUUGCCCCACCGCUCAUGCCCAUCACCAUAAGUCCGGCCUGGAAGCACCGCUCCUCCACCACAAACGCGAACCGCUUCCCUCCCAAGUCGAGCGCACUCGCAUCAAACUCGAUAGCCCAAAAAAGGCCGGCACCGCGGAUUUCGGCCACGUAGUUCCGCGCAAGUGCUCCGUCGGCCUCCAACUUUUCCUUCAAGAGCGUGCCGAGCAGGUCGCCCUGCGUCGUGCAGUUCUCCAGCAGCUUCUCGGCGAUGAUGACACGUUGAACAGCGAGGGAGGCCGCAGAACAGAGCGGGUGCGCCUGGUACGUGUAGCCGUGCUGCCACACGCCGGAACCCUCGCUCAGCACGCGUGCGACCCGCGGCGCGAUGAGCACGCCGCCGAUCGGCGUGUAUCCCCCGCCAAGGCCCUUCGCGACGGCCUGGAUGUCCGGCGAGACGCCGUCGGCAACGCGCUCCCACGCGUGGAGCGUGCCCAUGCCUGGAUCAUGUCUGUCAGCGGGGGGACGGGUGGAUGGGAAGCUGGUGGUACGCACGACCCAUUCCGCACAUGACCUCGUCGAGGAUCAGGAGUGCGCCGUACUUGUCGCAGACGGAUCUCACGGCGGCGAAGUACCCUUUCGGGGGGAUAACGACGCCGGAGCUGGCUCCUCCGACGGUCUCAGCGACGACUGGGGGUGUGCGUCAGGUCACGCUUCUGUUGCUCUUAGUGGGCCAAUACUCACAUGCGAUGACAGUAUGCGGCCCGAGUUCAAUGAACUUGGCCUCGAGCUCGGCGCGCAGGCGCUCAACGAACUGCGCUUCGGACUCGCCCUCACGCUGGUAGCGCCGCGCGUACGCCGGGGACACGUGGUGGAAGCGUUUGCUAUCGAGGAUGUCGUUGUACGGCGCUCGGCGUGCUGCGUUCCACGCGACGUUCAGCGUACCAAGCGACGCGCCGUGGUAGGACGACUUGCGCCCAAUAUAGUUCACACGCUGCGUCUGGCCAAGUUCCCAGAAGUACUGUGCGUGUGUUGUUUCAGAACGACUGGGAUGCAGAUGCAGACGCGGGCUUGUUCACCUGGCGAGCAGUCUUGAGAGCGCCUUCGACAGCUUCGCUACCACCGGACGCAAAGGCAAUGCGUGCAAAGGCACCUUGGGACCUGUCGAUGAUGUUCUGUGCGAGCAUCUCGGUCGGGGUGUUCGUGAGCUGCGUGUGGAAGGUGACUGGGCAGACGGCGGCAGUGAGCAACACGAUCUAGACACGCAGGCGACUACUGGCACCCACAGUUCAGGAUCCCCGCCUGUUCGCGAAUAGCUUCGACGACGGCCGGGUGUCCGUUGCCUAUGCAGACGACGGCCGCCCCACCCACUGCGUCAGUGACGCGGCUGCCGUCUUCGAGGUCAUAGUAGAUCCCGUAGGCUUUAACUGCCAGAGGCGGCGUCUUGUAUGUCUUGUGCAGGACUGCGGACUUGCUGAAGGACCGAAUGCUGGCGAUAUCUCCCAUGAUGUGGUGGUUUGGGAUCUGUAGUUUCUGCCCCUCAAUCCCUUUCGCCUUAAAUAUCUCAUACAGACUGCGAGUGACGCCGCGUGAUCCUCUGCAUUCCAGAAUCAGAUUCUAAGCCAUCAUAUCGACACGUGAUUACCUUCUCGUGCAUGAUGUCGUUGGCAGUCGGAAGGUAUAUUGCUACGUUCGAUACAACUGGCGAGUGCAAGAGUAUUACGGCACAGUUCCGCCAAUUCCGAUUUCGGAUCUGAACUGGUUCGAGAGCGUGUGCAUUGAUCAUUUGACUCGGAUCUCGAUGUGAACUUCAAGAUGACAACCUUCUUGAUGGAAUUCAUAGCCUAGAGUUUUGUCUGUGAUUCGAACCAAUGAGGUUUGAAUACCAAGUGAGUAUCACAAUAUGUGGCAAACAAAGUCCACAGGAAUUUUC